AUGUCGAUAAGGGCGCAGAUGAAGAUGAUCAUGGCUGCGGAAAAGGAGGAGAAAAAGAAGCUCGAGGCCGAAAACAACGAUGCGAAAGCCAAAGCAGCGCGGGAUGCGGCGGCGGAAAAAGUGGCGGCGGAAAAGGCGGCGGCAGCAGUCGUCGAGAAAGAAGCGGCUGAAGCCGAGACCGUAGCCAAGGGCAGCGGCAAGGCCGGGAAGCCAAGGGGCGGGGGAAGCGGCGGCGCCAGGGGCAAGGGGUCGCGGAGUGUGGGUGCCAAGGCCGUUGGGGGGGUUGGGAAGGGAGCCAAUCGCGCAACAGCAGCAGCAGGGGAGACGGACGCGGAGGGGGAGGGCGGUUCCAACAACGCCAAAGCUACCGGCAAGACUGGAAGCAAUGGCGAAGAAGGGGACGAUGGCGACUCUCAAGAACCGCCGAGCAGCGCAGCUGUGAACACAAAGAGCAACCGAAGAUCGACCAAGAAAGGGAAGGUCUUGCCGAGCUCAUCAGCAGCAGCCAAGGCCAAGCCAGCGGCCGCCGUUGCCCCGAAAGCGGGUGCUGCCGCGGCUCCGGGGAGAGGGAAGAAGGCUAAGCAGCAGGCGGUGGCGCGGGCGGGUCCGCGAAGCGGUGGUGCUCAGAAGAGAAAGGCGGCAGCGGCGAUAGAGGAGGAGGAGGAGGAGGAGGAAGACGAGGAGGUGGAGGACGAAAACACCAAGCCCGUCGCUGCUGCCAGCCGGAAGGGUCGAGGAAAGGGCGUCGGCGGCUCCAAGGCAUCCGAGGAUGGGGGUGGCUCGAAGACGGCUGCUGGUUCUGGGGACGACGGGGAGGGAGCGGCCGACCACGCGCCCGCCCCCGUCAAGGGCGGCAACACCAAGAAGAAGAACAAGAAACAGAAAGAAGCGGAGGAGUUCGGGGUCGACGGGGGGGAUGAACAGGAAGAGAAGGACAUGGAGGACGCGACCACGAAGCCCGUCGCCCCUGCGAGCCGAAAGGGUCGAAGAAAGGGCGCUGGCGGCGGAGCUAAGGUAGCCGAGGGGGACGGUGGCUCGAAACCGGCUGCUGCUUCUGGGGACGACGGGGAGGGGGCGGCCGACCCCGCGCCCGCUCCCGUGAAGGGCGGCAACGCCAAGAAGAAGAAGAAGAAGAAGAAGCAAAAGGAGGAGGAGGAGGAGGAGGAGGAGGCCUGGGUAGAACACAAAGGUGGGAGGAAAGCCGGUGGCGGCGGGGGCAAGCGCCGCAAGCGAGCCAAGGAGGACGCAGCAGCUGUGUCGGAGACGGAGCGGGGUGGCGGGAGCGGGGAGGAAGAGGCAGAGUGGGAGGAUGGUUGCGUGGAGGACAAGGAGGAGGAGGAGGACGAGGAGAGACACAAAGAAGGGAGCGAGCGCGAGGGAGAGCCUGGGGGGUCUGCUAAAAUGGCCCCGGAUAAGGGGAAAAGAAGAAAGGGGCGAAGCCUAAGCCGCCAGCGAGAUGCCGGGAAGGGCAAGGGAAGACGGGUGGUAGAGGAGGAGGAGGAAGACGACACCGAGCCAAGCGGUCCUCACGCCGACGGCGACGGUGCGGACGGUUCUCCUGGCGAGCGGUCCCGCAGUCCAUCGAGAAGCCGUAAGACGUCAGCCGGAGGUCGGCGGGCGGUCCGGGGAGCGGGGGACGACGACAGCGGCGACGGCUCCGAUGGAGGGGAGCGGGGGCGGCGGCGGCGGCGGGGGCGAACGCCUCCUGCCGCUGAUUCCGAUUCCGGGACGAAAAAGAAGAAGAAAAAGAAGAAGAGGAGCGGGAAGGACCGACGAGGUGACAAAGAUAGCGGGGAAGGUACGGGGGAGGCGGACGAUGCCGCCGAGGCACAGUUGUCGGCUUCUUCGCCCGCCGCGGCGGCGGCGGAAAAAGGCGAGCGGCGGCGGCGGGCGACAGCGGUGGCGUUGGCUGUGGAGAGGGACGCUGACAGCCUCGAUGGCUCCGGGCAGAGGUCGGCCACCACUGCUGAUGCUUCGGGCACGAAGAAGCAGAAGAAGAAGAGCGGGAAGCGGAAGGCGGAGGAAGCAAUCGGUGACGCCGGAGAUGUGAAAGACGAAAAGACGGCCACUGCUCGAAAGGUAUCGAAAGCAGACUCGCAGGGAGCGGUGGCGGUGGCGGCGGCGGUGACCACCAUCAUCGCGCCAGACGGCGGAGAAGGCGCGGAUCCUCGUCGUCCGCCCGGCCACGGCGGGAGGACAGCAGGCGGAGCAGCUCGAGCGACGACGACGACCACAGCGGGAGACGCAGACGUAGACGGAGCAGAUCCCGGAGCUGGAGCAGGAGCAGGAGCAGGAGCCGCAGUCGGAGAGGCGGCGGCGGCAAUGGUCGCGGCAGGCGCCGGGGUGAGCGGCUGGGCGGCGGCGGCGGCGGCGGCGGCGACGGCGGGGGGAGCGUCGAACGCCCUGCGAAGAGCAGCAAAGGCGGCGGGGGGGCGGGAGGCCGUGGCGGCAGGGCGGCGGGUGCGGACGGCACCCGCCCCGGGCGUAGACGGCGGCGGGAUGAUGGCGAGCGGGAAAGGAGUGCGUCGUUAUCGUCGUCGUCGUCGGAGGACGGCGGUGAGCGGCGUAGCCGUGAUCGGAGUAGUCGCGACGGGGACAGCAGGAAGCGCGGCGGCGGGAAGGGCGAGGCGAGCAGGGGUACGGGAGGGGGUGACCUCAAGGGGAUGA